UUGUGUAUAAAGCCACUGUUUGGACUUUCGAGUUCACGAUGCGCUCUUGCUUUUGCCUAGCCCGGAGGUACUUCGCCAUGACCUGGGAUGCACGCAUGAUGUUCGACGUAUGUCCCCAAAGUAUGAUGUUGUAAUUUUCCAACAUGAGAGGCUUCUUUGGGUUGUAUAAACUCGGCAAUCGGUGUUUGUUAUUGGCAUCUUCUGCUAAAAAUGUCAAUUAUGCGCAAGCAUCCUUCUGCCAAUGGAACAGACUCCAUGCAUUUGUUUUACAUGGCAAUGUGCGUUGUUGUACCACAAGCAGUUCUGUGAGGUUUUCAUGGGAAGGUUCCUCGUCUUUUGCCUCCCUGAUGAGCAAGCUUGAAGCUACUCUGAAGGAUGAUUCAGUGGAUGAAGCAUGGGAAGCUUUCAGUAAUUAUAGAAGGUUGCAUGGUUUUCCUCAGAAGAAUUUGCUAAACAGGAUGAUUAUGUUGAUGUCAUACUCAUCAAAUCCUUACUGGCUUCGCAAAGCAUAUGAAGUAGUCCUCGUGAUUCUUGAAGAGAAACCCUGUUUGUUGCAUCAUGAUCCUCUGACAAAGUUAGCUUUCACUCUUGUGAGAAGCCAAAUGCCCGUCCGAGCUGCCACAAUUAUAAGGAUCAUGUUGGAGAAUCGUAUGUAUCCUUCAGUGGAGGAUGUAUGGAACACCUUGUUCUUUCACCUUGUAAAGACAGAAGUAGGGUCCUACCUCGCAUCAUAUGUCUUGAUUGAGAUGUGUGAGCAUGUUUCACACCAUAAUGCUAAAGACAGAAGGGGAAGGCAGAAGAAGCUGAGCCUCCCCAAUUCUACAACUUUCAAUCUUGUGCUGAACUCUUGCAUGCAACAUGGUUCUGUAUUGAAGGCACAACAGCUGAUAGAGUUGAUGCCACAAAUGGGAGUUGUAGCUGAUGCAAAUUCAAUCAUAAUUAUUGCAAGGUUCUGUGAGAUGACAGGCCAGCGGGAUGAGUUAGUAAAACUAAAAAAGCAUGUUGAUGGUGUUUCUUCUCUGACUUUAAGUUGCCACUAUCAGCAGUUCUACGAUAGCUUGCUAAGCUUGCAUUUCAAGUAUAAUGAUCUUGACGCUGCUGCAGAGCUUAUGUUUGAGAUGUAUAAGCGUUUGGAUUUGCUUCCUUCAUCCAGUGGGAAAGGGAAAGGUAGUCACUUGCAAAGGCAGUCUCUUAUCCAAUUUGGAUCAAGCAACCUAAGGAUGGGAUUCCACAUUAUGGUGGAGCCUGAGCAUUUGUCAAACAACUUUGUCGUUGAGGCAAAAUGCUAUUCAGGUCUCAUUCUUUCUAGCAAUGGAAAACUUGUCCCCAGCAAGAAGGCUCUUGCAAAACUUAUUGACGGCUAUGUGAGAGAAAGAAAGGUGCGUAAAAUAUCAGACUUUUUAAUUAGAAUAGAGAAGGAAUUAGAUUCACAAGAAACUAAGUUGAGUUUUGAAGUGAUGGAUGCUUGUAUACAAUUGGGUUUGUUAGAGACCGCUCAUGAUAUUUUAGAUGAUAUGGAGUCAGCUGAAGUUUCUGUUAUACCCUGUAUAUAUGGUUCACUACUCAGAGAAUAUUGCAAACAAGAAAUGCUGGAUGAAGCUAAUGUGUUACUAAAACAAAUGAGAAAAGUAGAUUUCUUUGUAAAAUUGUCAAAUGUGAAUGUAAGCAUGCACGAAGUGAUUGCUGAAUCCUUGCGUCUCUUUGGGGAUGAUUAUGACUAUGUAAUAGGUUCAGUCAGGAAAUCAGAGUUGACUGAGCUGUUAGACAAAGAAAACAGGAGUGCAGAUCCACGGUCCUGCUUGCUUUAUGAGUUGAAUUCUUCCAUUCUUUUCUUCUGCAAGGCCAAGAUGAUGGAGGAUGCUAUGAGAACAUAUAAGCGAAUGGAACAGAGAUAUGUAUAUCCCACAGCACAGACCUUUAUCCAUAUAAUAAAUGGAUUUUCUUCGUUGAAGAUGUAUCGUGAGAUCAGUAUAGUGUGGGGAGAUAUCAAGCGGAAACUGGAAGAGGGGGUUUUAAUUCCAGAUAGGGACUUGUUUGAAUGUUUGUUGUGGAAUUUUCUUAGAGGAGGAUACUUUGAGAGAGUGAUGGAAACAAUUGAUUUUAUGAUUAAGCAUAAGAUGUUCAUUGACAAGUGGAAGUAUAAAAAAGACUUUCUGAAGCUUCACAAAGAUCUUUAUAAGAAUUUAAAAGCGUCACAUGCCAGAACAGAGGCACAGAGUAAAAGGCUUGAGCAUGUCCGCGCUUUUAGGAGAUGGGCCGGCAUCAAGAGGAACUUUCAAACAAAUUUUAGGAGGUACAAUGGAACACAUUAACUUUUGAUGAAAAUUGACCUUUUUGUUAUCUGACAUGCAUCUGAGAACC